UGUCACUGUCGCAAAUGUCAAACUAACUGUCAAGUCAAUGCAUAAUUUUCUGUUUACUUUUUAUUGAUUAACAUUAAUAAUUAAACACUAGCAAAUACAGUGUUACAGAAACAGGAAAAGUUUAAACAACAACAACAAAAUGGCUGAGACACCAGCAUCGCAGCGUCUCACCAACGAUGAUUUCCGAAAACUCCUGAUGACCCCUCGAUCGACUCCCCAUACUCCUGCUCCUCCAGGUUCGGUCAAGGAGGCUAUGAACAACCCGAAUUCAAUGCCUCCACCCAAAAUCGAAGACAAAUCAGAGGCUAGACGCAAGAAGAAAAGCUUCUACGCCAAGCUCAAAAAGCAGGAGGACAACAAAAUGGCAGAGCUAGCGGAGAAGUACCGUGACCGAGCCAGCGAGAGACGUUCGGGCGUCAAUCCCGACUAUCAAGCGGACGAUCCCAUCGCGACCGCGCAGGCCUAUCGAGCAGUCGCCCCGGACCUGAAGUCGGGCUUCGAUGCGGCUGAACGGAGAAGGCAAAUGAUCCAGGAAUCCAAGUUCUUGGGAGGAGACAUGCAGCACACGCAUUUGGUGAAAGGUCUGGAUUACGCUCUGCUGCAGAAGGUGCGAAGCGAAAUUCAGCAAAUCGAAAUGGAGCAAGAGAUAGAAAUGGAGAAACUCGCCACGAAAACCAUGGAAGAAAAGGAGAAGGAAAAGAAGGACGCUCAGAAGAAGGAGGAAGAGGAGAUGAAGUUUAAAACUAAGAUAGGCCGAUCGAUUUAUUACACUAUAAACGUUUUAAAGUCCAGGCAUAUUGAGAAGUCUGAACUCUUCAUUCCCGGAAGGAUGGCUUACGUCAUCGAUUUAGAUGAUGAAGCUGAAAGCGAUAUUCCCACUACAUUGAUCAGAUCCGUUGUAGAAGUACCAUCAUUUGAAUUAACUACUACAGUCACAACUAACGAUAUCGUAAUUAACAAACUUACUCAAAUAUUAAGUUAUCUUAGACAGGGCAAUCGUAAAAACAAGAAAAGCAAGAAAGGCCUUCCGGAAAGCUCUAAAGAUUACACAGACACCCAAGACAAUAGCGAGAGCAAAAAGUCACAGAAACGAUCUUAUCAAGAUGAUUCAAUUUACGGAGACAUCGGAGACUACGUGCCUUCGUCGAAGAGCAGUAGACACCGAGAACAUCGCGACAGAAAAUCCCAGAAUUACUUUGACAAACACGAUAAUGAGCCUGUGGAUAAUGCAGGCCCGGCUUUCAGGGUGAACAAGUCUGCUGAAAUUCUCAAUAAGCUUCAACAGGAGCCAGAAGGUUACGCAGAAUGCUAUCCAGGCUUGGAAGAAAUGAACGAUGCUAUAGAUGAUAGCGAUGACGAAGUUGACUACUCGAAGAUGGAUUUGGGUAAUAAAAAGGGACCAAUUGGAAGGUGGGAUUUCGAUACUGCGGAGGAAUAUUCAGAUUACAUGAACCAGAAAGAGGCGUUACCGAAAGCGGCUUUCCAAUAUGGGCUCAAAAUGGCAGACGGGAGGAGAUCGAGGAAACACAAAGAUAAAAACGAGAAGGCGCAUUUGGAUAGGGAAUGGCAGAAGAUUCAAAAUAUUAUACAAAAGAAAAGAUAAUUUCGCUAUAAGUAAUAUACUUUUAAAAUGUAUUAAUGUUUGUAAGAGAUUGUUAUUCAAUUUCUUCCUCGUCGCUAAAAUAUUCACUUUUUUUAAUUUUUUUUCUAGCAGGAGCGUCCGAUGUUUCUGGUUCUUUGUUACUGUAAUUUCCAGUAGCUACUCUGUAUCUAUACUCUUCUAAUUCUUGUUUUUCUUGCUGUAAAUAAAUAAAAUG